AUGAAAGCCAAUUUAUCUCCAGUUCACUUCUUCUCCCAUGGAUCUACGAUGAUGCUGGGAGAAGAGUCUGAGGCUGCUGACUACUGGAAGAAGGCCGGUGAUCAAGCAUUGGCCAACAACAUCAAGGGCGACCGCAUGCAAGUCGCCAUGAACCCCAAACCAGGCAAAUCCCCCGUCGCGUACGUCCACCCAUCAAAAUACGUCGACUACGAACUCAAACCCGAUCUCGAGACCGGCGAGCGAUGCAUCUCCCUCCUCAAAGACGCCGGCUUCAAUGUUUCCGGAAAUACCGAGUUCGACUGGAUCCACGAUACAUAUCUCAUCCUCAUCCGCAUGUUCCCCAACGGCUGCCCACCAACAACACUCAUCUCCAUGAACGCGCGCUUCGAUCCUCAUUACCACAUGCGCGUCGGCGAGACUCUUCGUCCUCUCCGAAAAGAAAACUAUCUCAUAAUCGGUUCCGGCGGUGCAGUACAUAACUUGUAUCGUAACAUCUGGGCGCCUAUUCUAUACUACUCUGAUAACUUUGCGCAAGAGAAACCACCCGAGGCGUGGGCCCUGGAGUUUCGACAGGCUGUUGAGGAUGUCAUCAAGAACAAUAGUGGCCCGAAAUUGAGACGCGCGAUGACGAGGUUGAUGAAGCAUCCUUUUUAUAGAGAUGCUCAUGCUACGGACGAUCACUUCAUGUCGGCGCUGUUUGUGGCGGGUGCGGUUGGCGAUGAGGAGGAUGAGGGUGUUUAUGGUGAGCUCAAGGCUGAGACGUGGGAGUUGACGAAUAUGUGUAAUAGCCAGUUUACUUUUGGAUCAUGGCCGAGGACUCUUGCGACAGCGGCGGCAUAA